GCCAAUUCUCCCAUAUUUCUUCACCUAGAGCCAGUCAUGGGUAAAAAGAGAAAGGUCGGUGGCCGCCCGGCCAAGAAGACCGAAGAGGAGCAUCUCUCCAAGUUCGAUAUCGAGGAGAGAUUCGACGACUCCGAAGAUGAGUUCCAGGCUGGACGGGAUCAUAUUUUGCUAGAGGAAGAGCCAGACGCAAAGAGGCGGAGGAAGCUGGCUGAAGAAGAGGAAAUUUUCCAACCUUCCGACGAGGAAAUCAUGGGUUACGAGUCUGUGGACGAUGAAGACCUGGAUGACGAAGACGACGUUGAUGAAGAGGAUUACGACGACGAUGAAGAUGAUCUUGAGAACGUCAAAACAAAGUCGAAAAAGAAGCGGGGUGAUAGUCCGGGGUCUGAACUGGAAGAUGAGGAGGGCCUUGCAGCCUGGGGUUCUUCCAAGAAGGACUUCUACAAUGCGGAUCAAAUCGAAACAGAGGCCGAUGCGCUCGAAGAAGAGGAAGAAGCGAAAAGGCUACAGCAGAAACACCUGCAGGCUAUGAACGAAGAGGAUUUCGGAUUCGAUGAGACGGAAUGGGUCGAGUCCGCAAAAGGCCCAGGAGAUGUCAAAAAUGAUACCGGUGUGGUGACCGAAGUCUUACCACAGUUGGAAAUUACAGAAGAUAUGAGCACAGAAGAAAAGUUGAAGUUUCUAAAGUCAAGAUAUCCCGAGUUCGAACCUUUGGCAAAAGAUUUCAUCGACCUCCAACCGACCUACCACGACCUUGAGAAGGCCACCAGAUCUGCAAAGUCGGAUGCCGCCGUAGAGACCGACUCCGAUCAUGCCCCAGUUGCUGUCAUCAAGCACCGUGCUUUGUCAGCCUACCUGGGUGCGAUCAGCAUGUACUUUAUGCUCCUCACCUCUGCCCAUGAAAACGCCGGCAACCGCACCACAUUAUCGCCAGCUCAACUACGGACGCACCCAGUUAUGAGCUCACUUGUCAAUUUCCGAAACCUCUGGGACACUGUCAAGGACAUUACUACCCCUGAAGUUGAGGCUUCAGAGGAUGAAGUCAUGGAAGAUAUUGAGAGUGACGUUGAAGUUGAAACACCAGAACGCAAUGGUAAAGAGGCUAAGGCGACCAAGAAGGAGAAGGUGAAAAAGGUUUCCAAAGCCCAGCGGGCAGCAGAAGCAGCACAGGCAGAGGCAGAAGCGCGGAAAGCAAAGAAACUUGAAGAAACAGAAGCAAACCUUGCCGGUCUCUCGAAACUGAUCUCAGAACCUGGGAAGAAACGGGUUAUUCAAAAGAAGACUCUGUCGAAGGAUGCAGAGGAUUCUGAUUUCGGUGACGAAGACGCCCUUACCGCCAAAGAGGCUGAAGAGAAGGCUAAGCAGAAGCGCUCCCUCCGCUUCUAUACGUCGCAGAUCGUUCAGAAAUCGAAUAAGCGUACUGCGGCUGGUCGUGACGCUGGUGGAGACGCGGAUAUUCCUUACCGUGAGCGGUUGAGGGACCGUCAGGCCCGCUUGAACGCAGAAGCCGAAAAGCGUGGUAAGCAGAAGCCUAAGGGCUCCGAGCAGCUGGGUGGCGACAGCGACGAUGAAGACCGUCGGGUCGCGAACGAACUCCGAGGGGGCCAGUCUGGAACGGACGAUGAUGAAUAUUACGAUAUGAUUGCGGCCCGCUCCAAACAACGCAAGGAUGACAAGAAGGCCCGCGCAGAUGCUUACGCCACUGCAGCUCGCGAAGGUGGUCAUGUUCAAGUCCAGGAGGAGGUCGGCCCCGAUGGAAAACGUGCCAUCACCUAUCAAAUCGAAAAGAACAAGGGUCUCACACCUAAGCGGAACAAAGAUAAUCGCAACCCCCGUGUCAAGAAAAGGAAGAGGUUUGAAGAGAAGAAGAAGAAACUCAGCAGUAUUCGCCAGGUUUAUAAAGGUGGUGAAGGCCCAGGUGGCUACGGUGGUGAACUUACAGGUAUUAAGAAGAACCUGGUCAAGAGUGUCAAGCUCUAAUCUAUUCGUCAAUUCUCUUUUCGCUCUUACUUCGGGAUACAUACCGUUUGGCGUUGAAUUAGUGACUAAAAAAGGGAAUUUAAGUGUGUAUGUAUAUAGACUUUUGAUGAUACAACCUUGUGCUCGUCUUC